AUGGGUAUGGAGACUGGAAGCAAUGGUCGCCACAUCGAGCAAGGACCAGACGCGCGAGCUUUUUUCUUUGACAAUGUAAUUCAAAGAAACAACCCAAAUUAAGGGUUUCCGAAUUACAUUCCUCACUACCAUCCUUGGCCCCUUUUCAAGGGGGAAAUAGGUCAAGGACAUUCUGAAGAAUGCAACUCGGCGACCUUUAACCAAAUGCCUACUACCCGAAGGUCUUUUUCAGACAGGAAAACAAACGCAAUCUACGAGAUCAUCAAGAGGACGUCAACACAAGACCACGACCUCCAGUCGAGGACGAAGACCUUGAAAGUUUGAUCCAGCCCGAUGAAGAGCGUAUUUCUGUGAAGAUUACCACAACUUUCGGGUAUACUAUCGAGACCGGUCGCCCUGGGAGGUGGACGGUGGAUGUUGAUAAAUUAAGGCUACCGCUGAAGCAUCCUCAGCAUCAUCCUUCGCUCUUUUUCUACUCGAAAAAAGGGGCAAUGAUGCACGCAGGGAUGCUACCGCGGUAGCUCCAAACCAAGCUAGUGAUCCACCUCUACUCCGUUAUACGACGCGUGGUCUUGACCACAUCCUCCGAUCCUGGGAAGACGACAAAACCUUCGACAAAGAGGAUAAACACAACCAAGAUAUUUUUAUCGAGGAUAAAGUUGAAAAUUCAUCUAGUAAGGGUGAAAAUUAUAGUAAAGGACCUGAUCAUAAAGAUCAUACAGAUCAUAGUCGUGAAGCCGCGAACAUUGCAAAAGAGCUUUCUUUCCUUAUCCUCGAGUCGCCCAACCUGUUCACCUCAUUGACUUGCAACCUGGAUGAAAAUGGCCUCUGGCAUUCCUGCCAAGUGAUGUUUUGCGAUUACGUGCACGGUAUGGAGUAAGUAAGCAUGCAACACGGUAUGACUAAAGUACUUUGACAUGCACGUGAUGAAAAUGAAAUAAACAUACUAGUACUACACGAAGCAGGUAUAAUGAAGUUGAUGUAAGUAACAUAAUUAUACGGCCAUCCAUGUGUUUAAGAUUCGCUACAAGUAUAACACGGAGCGAACACAUGGCAUCCAUGUGACGCUGAAAGGUACUAGUACACAUGAAUAAGGAGAAGGUAUGACUCCAUAAUAUUAGUAUUUCUUUGGAUUCAUGAUCUUCAACAUCUAGACAAAGAUUGUGGUGAGAAAGUCUGGAGGAACAUGAGGUCGUGUUUCUCGAAGGCCGCACCUCAGAAGGGCCUCGACGUGCAGUAGAAAACUGUCUACUUAUUGUACUGCUCCUAUUGUUCUCUUGAUUAAAAAUCACCGUCUAGUCCACCACACACAGUAUUUUACUGCCUCCUGUACACGAUCAAUUUUUUUUUUUUAUAAAUGGAUGCAUGAAAAAUCCAUUGAUUCCACACAAGCGGAAGAGACAACCUCGCCACUUACAGCAGCUAACAAGAGAAGGAAUGUUAC